UAAAAUAAUACAGUAAUUAAUAUUGUAUUAUAGCUAGUACCUACAGUGUUAACUUAUUUGUAAUAAUAGAUACCAAUUCAUUGUAUAAAAUUAUGUUAGAGGAUAAAAAUGACGAUAGUUCUUAUAACAGUAACACAAUUUACGUGUCCGUGAUUUUCCACAAAAAUUUUGGAGAUAAAAAGGCCGACGAGAGUGAAUUAUCUAAUGGUUUAAUUAAAUCUGCUAAACGUACUGGCCAGCUGAACUUAUCCAAUCGCGGACUAGGAUCAGUUCCUGAAAAUGUAUGGAAAAUAGAUGAAUUAGUAAUGGAAGAGAGUAAAGAAGUAGACUUUGCGAGAUCUGAUCUCAAUAAUUGGUGGAAUGCAGAAUCUCUAAAAAUGCUUGACCUCAGUUCCAAUGUAGUAAAGACAAUUUCACCCAAUGUCAAACUUCUGCAACAACUUGUUACCAUGAAGUUACAUGAUAAUGCUUUGACAACCUUACCUGCUGAAUUUGGUGAACUAAAAAAUUUGUCUAAUCUUAGUUUAGAUCAUAAUAAGCUAUCUUUACUGCCCAAAGAGUUCUAUAAACUUACAGAGUUAAGAUGGCUUAGUUUAUCUCACAAUCAAUUGGAAAGAAUUGAACCAGAUUUCGGAGAUUUAGUAAUGUUAAAUUUUCUGAAUAUGUCUCAUAAUAAAUUGGUAGAAUUGCCACCUGGUAUGGGAUACUUGGUGCGUUUAGUUGAGUUGAACUUGUCACACAACCAGUUGCAAGAGCUUCCACCAGAUAUUGUUAAUCUUAGAGAUUUGAAGAAACUGAAUAUCAGUAAUAAUAAUUUGCGACAGCUCCCGCCAAUGGGCGAACUGAGAAAAAUGGAAAUACUGGAUGCAAACCACAAUGAUAUUGAGGAAUUACCCGAUUUCUAUGGGUGUACAGCUUUAAAAGAAAUUUAUUUGGCUAAUAAUUAUAUUAAGGAAAUCACAGAAGAGUUUUGUGAUCAAAUGCAACACUUGACUGUUUUAAACAUAAGGGACAAUAAAGUUGAAGUAUUACCAGAAAAUGUAUCAUUGCUACAAACAUUAAAGAGGCUUGAUCUGACGAAUAAUAAUUUGAAUAAGUUACCCAAAAAUCUUGGGCUAUUGUCUCAACUGCAAAGUAUUAAUAUGGAAGGCAAUAAAUUAUCAAUGGUAAGACAGGACGUAAUUAAGGGAGGCACAGAUAGAAUGAUGAAGUUUCUCCGAGACCGAAUCACUGAAGAGCUCGUUUGUGAUACAAAAGUCACUAAUAAUGAUUGGCCUGACAAGUACACGCUAAAAAAGAGUCAAGCUCUUAUGUUGCCGGCGAGAGACCUGACCAGCGUGCCGGAGGACGUGUUUGUGGCGGCUGCCAGUGCAGAAGUGCAUAUUGUUGACAUUUCAAGAAACAAAUUGUUGGAAAUACCUAAUAGUGUUACUCUGUUACGUGAAACGUUAUCCCAGUUGAUAUUAUCAUCGAAUAGCAUAUCAAAUGUUCCAUCCCAGAUAUGCUGUUUGUCCCAUUUGCAAUUUCUUGAUUUGGGUAAAAACUGUUUACUGGAUUUACCACCAGAAAUUGGUGAUUUGAAAAAUGUAAGGGAAUUGGUUAUAUCAAAUAACAAAUUUACGAAGAUACCGCGUUGUGUGUAUGAAUUGGAGAAGUUAGAAAUAUUACUUGCGGCCGAGAAUCAAAUCGACGAAAUCAAUGUAUCAUCAGACGCGCUGACCAAACUGAAGAAACUGGCCGUAUUAGAUUUGUCUAACAACAGUAUAUUUACUGUGCCGCCAGAGUUGGGCAACUUCACACAUCUAAGAUCACUGGAGCUUAUGGGCAACUGUUUCCGUCAACCGCGUCACGCUAUACUCGCUAAAGGAACAGCUUCCGUUCUUUCCUAUUUGAGAGACCGCAUACCGCAGACCGCAACCAAUUAAUCAUAAUAAAAUAAUAUUAUAAAACGCGCUGUAUUUGAGAUUACUUGGGCUAAGUAUAAUUAUGUUAAUUAAACCGCAAAGUUUAUAUGGCUGUAAAAAUUUAUUCACUUAUUUGUAAAAAAUUGUAAAAUUAACAAAAGAUUUCCAUAAAAUUGGAACAUAAAUAAAAUUAAAAUUCAUAGAAAUUUAAAGUACCGCUGACGUUUUGUAUUUUUUUU